AUGGGAGGCAGCAAAGAUAAAGAUCGUAGUUCAUCUGCCACUGAUAAAGAUGAAGGUAACGAGCAAAGUCCUGAAGACUUUACGCCAGAUACUAAUUUUAAACCAGUAGUAACUUUACCGGAAGUAGCUAAUAUUAUUACUGGUGAAGAAGAUGAAGAGGCGAUUUAUGGUGAUAGAUGUAAAUUAUUUCGAUUCGAUAAAACAGCGAAGCAAUGGAAAGAAAGGGGCGUCGGCGAAAUAAAGAUUCUUAAGCAUACCGUAGAAGAAAAUCGAUUUAGAAUUAUAAUGCGUCGCGAUCAGAUUCAUAAAGUUUGCGCUAAUCAUUAUAUUAGUAAAGAUAUGCGUUUAGGACCAAGUUUAGGCUCGAAUAAGAGUUGGGUAUGGUAUACACCCGCAGAUUAUUCUGAAGGUACUGGAAAUCCGGAACAGUUAUGUGCACGCUUUAAAACACCAGAGAUAGCGAAUACUUUCAAAUCCGUAUUUGAAGAG